AGCCAUUCAUAUAAAAAAAGUGUGUAUUGACAUAACUAAAUGGCGGAACAGGUGCGCCUAGUAAAGCAAUAAAGGCUCAUCGUAUCAGAAAGUCAUACGACCUGUCAAAUUUUUAAAUGUAUUAAAAAAACGUUCAUAUGAGCGUACAAGUAACUUGACGUUCAUUGUGAAUCGCGGGCCCUACACUGUUUACUAGAAUCCAGAUGCACGCGCCGGUUCUCUCCCCGAACCCAGUGGACCUCUGGUUCUGGGCUGCUCGGGGUGCGGUAUUUCUCGCCUCUGUGCUCAGCAAUGGCGUUAUUAUUUAUCUCAUUCUUACUCGUGCAAAGCUCAGGACAGCACCUAACGCGUUCAUCUGCUCGCUCUCUGUUGCAGACAUGGUAUUGACGGUGCUUAUAACACCAUUUGAAUUUCUAUGCUUCAGAGCGUAUCCGGGGCUGUGUGACGUUUGGAUACUAAAGCUUUUCUACGAUAUGGCAGUCAAUGCUUCGGUCUUUAACCUUUGUGCCUUAACCCUUGAUAGAUACCUGGCGGCAGUAAGCCCCUUAAAUUACAUGUCUGCAAUGACCAGCCAGAAGAUAAAAUGGAUCAUCUCGUUCACGUGGAUUGCAGCGAUUCUCACGCCUCUGCCGUAUUUCCUCCUCGUGAAAGAAGGAUACCUGUCUGCCUCCCGUUACACUCAGAUAAUCUAUCUGGUUGUCUGCGAGCUAGCACCGUCUGUACUUCUCAUGGCUGGUUAUUUACGGAUGGUGUAUAUCGUGAACAGCAAGACUAAAUUCGCAAGGACACAACUGGCCCAGGUGAAUUUUAAUUACGGAGAUAAAAUGACAGUAAUCCGUGGAAAAAGGAAGGUCUGGAACGUCCAUUUUGUUGGGGUUUUGGUGGUGAUUUUCAACAUUUGUUUCUUUCUGUCUAUCUACAAAGGGGUCGUUAAUUACAUACUAUUUGAAUUCGUCUCCAAGGAGGUCGUGGGAGCUAGCCGUAUUUUGUAUCAUCUGAACUCGGCAGCGAAUGGAGCAGUAUACCCUGUGAUGAAAAAUGACUUUAAACACGAAAUAAGGCUUCUUUGGCGCAGAACUCGUGGAGGCAUACAUCCAGUCUGCGUGGACAGACAUUGACGUGUCUUUCCGAUAAUAAAAUAACGAAAUAAUAUAUAAAAGAAUGUACAGUAUUUGUUUGUUUAUUACUUUUACUUUUUUUCUUGGGGAGGGGGACUAUAUGCUUCGUUUGUAGCUGCUUUUAAAGAAUAAUUGGAUUCAGAAUUUUCAUCAUAAUAAACCGUAUAACAAGCUUCAGU